AUGCGUUUACAAGCCACACUUCUAAUACCAUUACUACUAAAUUCAUUAACCUUAGCUUCUCCAGGUGACAAUUUAGAUGAAUUUGAUGAUUGUUUAGAUGCUUGUGAAUUCCAAAGAAAAUGUCCAAACUCUGAAGUAGACGAAGAAGAUUUACCAUCAAACUCAUAUACAAAUAUAAAUUUCAAUCAAACACCAUUCCUAUUAGAAAAAUUAUUGUUUUGGGAUUGUAUGGCUGAUUGUGAUUACCAAUGCCAACAUAUUAUCACUAAAGAAAGAAUUCAUGAUAAAGAAGAAAUUUAUCAAUUCCAUGGUAAAUGGCCAUUUUUAAGAUUAUUAGGUAUGCAAGAAUUUUUUUCUACUAUAUUCAGUGUAGGCAAUUUUAUACCACAUUAUUUUGGGUUCCGCUUAUUAUUACAAAAGUACCACCAAGUCUCAAUGAGAGGUGAUCAUAAGAAACCUUUAUUAAUUAAUUAUAUUGCUGUUGCUAUUGCUGGGAUGUUAGCUUGGAUUUCCUCUUCUAUAUUUCAUUUUAGAGAUUUAUUAUUCACUGAGAAAUUGGAUUAUUUCUUUGCUGGUGGUACUGUCUUAAUGGGGUUUCAUGCUAUUAUUGGCCGUAUGUUUCGUCUAGAUCAUAAACCAACGAUUAGAAAAACAUUUAGCAUUUUUGUUAUAACAAUUUUCUGUGCACACUUGUUACGUCUUUAUCUGGAUUGGUCAUACACAUAUAAUAUGCGUUUCAAUCUAUUUUUUGGUUUAUUACAAUACGCUUCUUUAGUUUCAUUGGCUAUACGAAAUUAUUUAUCAUUACAAAAGAAGAAAAAACAACAUUCAUAUGGUAGUAGAUACAAUAUACAUUCACAGAGAUUAUUCUCAUUAUGUGCCACACCAAUUCUACUAGUGGUUUUCACGUCCAUUGCCAUGUCAAUGGAAAUAUUUGAUUUCUUUAGUUACACUUUCCAAAUCGAUUCUCACGCUAUCUGGCAUGCCGGUACUAUUUUGCCAUCAUUCUUCUUAUAUAAAUUUUUCAUUGAUGAUUAUGAAUAUCUAAGCAAAGAGGAAUAUGAUUAA